AUGGCCAUUCAAAACAGAUGGUUCUAUCCGAAAGACAUAGCCCACGAUCUUGAUGGCAUCGAACUACCAACGGAGAGGAAGAAUGAGAUUCUGGCAUGUGCUUGGGAGUAUGCCCGAUCUGUGAUCCCCCAAUACACAAACUGGAAGCGCUAUGUCGCAUUCAUGCGCACGAUGGUCAUCAGCAUCACUUGUGAGUUCCGCGGGGACUUGGUGGACGUGGCCGCCAGUGCUGAGGUCCUUGGCUACGACCUCAAGGCUGUCUUAGAUGAUCUCUUCCAUGAUACGCCGGGACAUACCGCCAUGGCUCAGGAGUUCAAGUGCUUCCUCCUUGUCACAUCCGAGAAGACAGGUCAUCAUAGAAAUGACAGUGAAUUGUUCCGUCGUUAUGUGGAUGCCCUUGUAGGCUCACCACGACAGUGGUUUCGGAUGCGGGAUUGUGAUGGCUUGGCCCGCUUUACUAUUGCGGCAGCUCUUGCCUGCAAUGACCUACUGGAUACAUGGUAUACAGAGGAGUAUACAUUUGCUUAUAUACCAGAGAAUGAACGCGUCAAUGCAUUCCACCAGGCGCGAGAAAUCCUUUGGGCAGUAGAUGUGGUAAUGGCAGGCAUGUCUGGCUAUAUGGCUACUAUCAACUUCAUCCGAAGCUUUGGUGGGCCAAUUCAAACUACAAUGCGGCGAUAUCGAUUUGUCGACGACGGGCUGUCGAUCGGAAAGACUGAGUCUGAGGAGGUCAUUAACAAAGCGCGGCAAAACUUCAAGCUCUGGAACCGCGUGGAUGCAGGCUCAGUCAUGUCUCUAGAUGUCAGGCGCUACAACCUGCUUAUUGCCCGAUGUGAUGACCUUAUGUUCCCGGGGUUGGCAGACUAUUUGGAAGUUGACAGCCAGCAUUGUAACCAAUGUGUAUACCGCAAGGCAUAUGGAGCACAGAGGGCCCAUUGCUUCGGCGGCGUGGAACUCUGCGGUCAGUGUCGUGAUGAAUGGGGCCAGUACCUCAAGACGCUACCUGAACGCACGAAGCAAGCAUUUCCGGAUCUUACUUUGGAGAUAUGA